AUGGCCACGGAGAAAAAGUGGUGGAGUGGUCCUGAUUACCUUCAAAAGGAAGAGUCAGACUGGCCUGUCAGUCAAAUUGACACCGACAAAGUUUCAGAAGCAACGGAAAUCAAGAAAGCAGCUCAAGGCAGCUCACAGGCAGGCCGAAGCAAGGGAGACUGGACAAUGAUUUCAGUUCACGAAGAUGAACAGUUAUGGCGUCUUGAUCCAAAACGCUUCUCAAGUUGGACAGAGCUAAUAAGAGUUCAAGAAUGGGUUUGUCGUUUCAUAGAUAACUGUAGAAGUCCCAACAGGGAGAGAGGAGAAUUAAAGGCGGGAGAGAUCGAAGAUCCUGUGGUUCAGGUGAUAAAGGGUGCACAAAGAAAGGCAUAUCCCGACGAGUAUUUGGCACUUCAGCGACAAAGAGAAAUACCCAAAAAGAGCAAGCUGCUCGGCUUACAACCAUGGCUGGACGAGGAGGGCCGAAUGAGAUGCGAUGGACGCCUUAAGUAUGCAGAAUUUCUACCUCAGGAUGCUCCCUUUCCGAUAAUCCUGCCUCAUAAGAACUGUGUAACGAAACUAAUUGUCAAACAUUAUCACGAGAAAGGCAAUCACACAGGUGGAACGAAUCAAUUGCUGGUGGCUUUAUCAACACGCUUCUGGAUCAUUUCUGGUCAUGAAGAAAUUCGGGAAUGGGAGGAGUGUAACGAAUGCCAAAGAAGAAAAGCUAAAGCUGCAAAACAAAUUAUGGCCCCUCUCCCACAGAUCAGACUUCGAUUUUCCUUGAGAGCGUUCGCACAGACUGCCGUGGAUUAUGGUGGACCAUUCAUCACUGUGCAAGGAAGAAGGACACGUCGACAGAAACGUUACUUGUGUUUGUUUACCUGCUUGGCAUCCAGAGCAGUCCAUCUGGAAAUGGCCUAUGUACUUGACACGGACUCGUUCCUGAAUGCUUUCUACAGAAUGGUCAAUCGCAGGAGGCCUCCAAGAGAGAUGUUAUCUGACAAUGGAGGUAACUUCGUUGGAGGUAGUAAGGAGUGGAGCGAUUUGGUUAAAGAGCUUGAUGAAGACAAGAUUGCUGAAUCCACUGCACACCAAGGAAUAAAAUGGAAGUUUAAUCCCCCACAUGCACCUCAUUUUGGAGGUGCCAAUGAGAUUAUGAUCAAGGGCGCAAAGCGAGCAGUAUAUGCAAUCCUGGGAAAUGCAGACAUCACAGAUGAAGAGUUAAUGACGGCAUUCACUGGAGCGGAGGCACUUCUAAACUCCAGACCACUGACAUAUCAAUCAGCUAAUCCUGAAGAUGACGUGCCACUGACGCCGAAUCAUUUCCUCUUUGGUCAGGUCGGAGGACAGUUGGCACCAGAAUCAGUAGAUGAGACCACAUUCAACCCAAAGAAGAGGUGGAGAAGAGUCCAGGAACUAGUUAGACAUUUCUGGCAUCGUUGGAUUCAGGAGUGGUUACCAGCUCUCAAAGUCAGAAGAAAGUGGUUAACUGUUGAGCGAGACAUCCAAGUUGAUGACGUGGUGUUAGUCAUGUCACCCAAGACACCACAAGGACACUGA